UAAAUGUCAUUAGUGACAUUGACAUGAACAUGUUUAUGUUUAUAAACAUUUAUUUCCAAUGUAGAUUAAAGUACAUAUCAUCCUUUUAAGACUUUUAUGCCUCGUAGCUUUAAGAGCAUUUUGAUAUAUCAUCUGAUCAUGGAGGUUAGAAAUUGGAGUAUAUGUAUUUUGUUAUUUCUUGUACACUAUGGAGCUCAUGCAGGUGUUAUGCACAGCCACACGAAUGAGAUAAACAAAGAACGUGAAACCGAUGGAGCCUACAGUCCUAGAGAUCACAGUCAUUUCUCUGAUAGUGGAGAACAUUUUAGCGAAUUCGAUCACGAGGCUAUACUAGGAAGCCAUAAAGAAGCCGAAGAAUAUGACCACUUGUCUCCAGAGGAAGCUAAAAGACGUUUGGGCAUACUUUUGAAGAAAAUGGAUUUGAAUGCCGAUCAAAAAAUAGACAGGAAAGAAUUGAAAGCUUGGAUAAUACGUUCUUUUAAAAUGUUGUCUGAGGAAGAAGCAAAAGAGAGGAUGGAGGAUGCCGAUGAAGAUAACAAUGGAGUUGUGUCUUGGAAUGAAUACCUGUCAGACACAUAUGGUGUAGACGAGGAUUCUGAAGAUAACUUGAAUUUCGGCGAUGAUAAUCUACAUUUGAUCGAAGAUGACAAAGCCAUGUGGAAAGCAGCAGACACAAAUGGCGACGGUCAACUUGAUAGCGAAGAAUGGGUGUCAUUUUCCCACCCCGAGGAACAUCCAAACAUGCUGCCUGUGAUCUUAGAACAGACUCUGAAGGAAAAAGACACAGACGGGGACGGUUCUAUAAGCUUUCAAGAGUAUAUCGGGGAUAGAGGCAACGAUAUAGACAAAGACGCUUUGCUCGGCGAGAAACUGAAAUUCGACGAAUCUUUGGAUAAGGACAAAGACGGAAAACUUGUUGGCAACGAAAUCCUGUCCUGGAUCGUUCCAAGUAACGAGGAAAUCGCCGAGGAAGAAGUAGAGCACCUUUUCGCUCACAGCGAUGAUGAUCACGACGAUAUAUUAAGCUUUGACGAGAUUCUUGAGCAUCACGAUACGUUUGUCGGGAGCGAAGCGACGGAUUACGGGGACCAUCUCCACAAUAUCCAUCAUUUUUCGGACGAAUUAUGAUACCAAGUAAAAAAAGUCUUUCAGAUGCCUCCAGCGAAGAAGGUAGCAUUGUGUAGCUUUGUAAGUCAUGUGAAACUAUUUAUGUUGUUGAGUAUGUGGGUGGACGGAGUUGGUGUGUUUCCCUUAUUUAUUUUCGUUGUUCUCUCUAAAAUGCAUGAAAUGUUGUUCGAAAGGUCUUCAAAAUUUGAACUUAAGUCUAGGACCGUGGUAAGUAGUUUUUUAUUUUUGCAUUUUCUUAAUUUGUACUAACAUUAAAGCCGAUUUUUUGGAAAUAUAUUUGUUUCGGUGUAAACUGCUAAUACAGAGGUCAGGUACGUUUGUUAAAUUUAGCCACAAAUAUUUAACUUUUUUUUAAAUAUUUCUUUAAUUUUGACGGAUUAAAAUAAUGUCAUUUUCUCUUAAACUAAAAAUCCCCCAGUAUAUCUAGGUUGCAAUUAAUUAUUAUUCCGAAAAGCAAAAAUUAUUUUUCUUUUUAAGUGAAAUAAAUACGUUUCUCAUUUGGAGAAAACCAGUAAUUAAAUAUUAAGUGGGGGAUACAUGGAAACUAAUUAGAACUUACACUUUUUCCUGGAAAACCUGAAAUAUCAGAAUUUUUUGGUCAAUAUAUGGAAUACUCCACCUCUAAAAUAGUCAAAUGUACUGUUAGCAUAUCCUUUGAAAGUAAAAAUAAUCAUCUUGACAGAUUAAAAAUGUCAUAAAAAGUUAUUAAAUAACUAAUAAUAAAGGUGUAUCUGAUGUGUCCAUAAAGCUUAUACUUGAAACUUAUAUAUUUAUUUGUAUUAGAUUUGUGCCAUAAUAAGUGUAAAUAGAUAUGUGUAAUUUAAUAAAUC